GAGCUGGCUCUGGCAGUGUCCUGCGGGACGGCUGUCCUGCUUCCCUGUGGAGAUGGUUCUGGGACUGGCAGCAUCAUCUGAGGAGGAAGAUGGUGGCCUUGAAGGCUUUGAUGACCUGUUCCCUGCCGAGCCCGUGAGCCUUCCCAAGAAGAAGAAAGCCAAGAAGCUGAAGGAUGGCAAAUCCAAGGGGAAGCGGAAGAAGAAGGAGGGGAGCAACGAUGAGCUGUCGGACAAUGACGAGGACCUGGAGGAGAAGUCCGAGAGUGGAGGCAGCGAUUACUCCCCAAACAAGAAGAAGAAGAAGAAGCUCAAGGACAAGAAGGAGAAAAAGGCCAAGCGGAAAAAGAAGGACGAGGAUGAGGAUGACAAUGACGACGGGUGCCUAAAGGAGCCCAAGUCCUCAGGGCAGCUCAUGGCUGAGUGGGGCCUGGAUGACGUGGACUAUCUGUUUUCGGAGGAGGACUACCACACGCUGACCAACUACAAGGCCUUCAGCCAGUUCCUCCGGCCACUUAUUGCCAAGAAGAACCCGAAGAUCCCCAUGUCCAAAAUGAUGACUGUCUUGGGGGCCAAGUGGCGGGAAUUCAGUGCCAACAACCCCUUCAAGGGCAGUUCUGCGGUGGCGGCAGCGGCAGCUGUGGCUGCAGCUGUAGAGACGGUCGCCAUCGCCCCUGCACUGGCCAUCAGCCCCCAGCAGGUGCCCCAGCCCAUGCCCAUCCGCAAGGCCAAGACGAAAGAGGGCAAGGGGCCCGGAGUGAGGAAGAAGAUCAAAGGCUCCAAAGAUGGGAAGAAGAAGGGGAAGGGGAAGAAGGUGGCUGGGCUCAAGUUCCGCUUUGGAGGGAUCAACAAGAGGAAGAAGGGCUCCUCGAGUGAGGAGGACGAGCGGGAGGAGUCAGAUGUGGACAGCGCCAGCAUCCACAGCUCUUCUGUGCGCUCUGAGUGCUCUGCAGCCCUGGGCAAGAAGAGCAAGAGGAGGCGCAAGAAGAAGAGGAUUGACGAUGGCGAUGGCUACGAGACUGACCAUCAGGAUUACUGUGAGGUGUGCCAGCAGGGCGGGGAGAUCAUCCUGUGCGACACCUGCCCGCGGGCCUACCAUCUGGUGUGCCUGGACCCGGAGCUGGAGAAGGCGCCCGAGGGCAAGUGGAGCUGCCCACACUGCGAGAAGGAGGGCAUCCAGUGGGAGCCGAAGGACGAGGAUGACGAGGAAGAGGAGGGCGGCUGUGAGGAGGAGGAGGACGACCACAUGGAGUUCUGCCGCGUGUGCAAGGACGGCGGCGAGCUGCUGUGCUGCGACGCCUGCCCCUCCUCCUACCACCUGCACUGCCUCAACCCGCCGCUGCCCGAGAUCCCAAACGGUGAAUGGCUCUGCCCGCGCUGUACUUGUCCCCCACUGAAGGGCAAAGUCCAGCGGAUUCUGCACUGGAGAUGGACGGAGCCUCCUGCACCCUUCAUGGUCGGGCUGCCGGGGCCCGAUGUGGAGCCGGGCAUGCCUCCACCCAAGCCCUUGGAGGGCAUCCCGGAGAGGGAGUUCUUUGUCAAGUGGGCUGGGCUCUCCUACUGGCACUGCUCGUGGGUGAAGGAGCUGCAGCUGGAGCUAUACCACACCGUGAUGUACCGCAAUUACCAAAGAAAGAAUGACAUGGAUGAGCCCCCGCCCUUCGACUACGGCUCUGGGGAUGAGGAUGGCAAGAGCGAGAAGAGGAGGAACAAGGACCCGCUCUACGCCAAGAUGGAGGAGCGCUUCUACCGCUACGGCAUCAAGCCCGAGUGGAUGAUGAUCCACCGCAUCCUGAACCACAGCUUUGACAAGAAGGGGGAUGUGCACUACCUGAUCAAGUGGAAAGACCUUCCCUACGACCAGUGCACCUGGGAGAUCGAUGACAUCGACAUCCCCUACUACGACAACCUGAAGCAGGCCUACUGGGGCCACAGGGAGCUGAUGCUGGGGGAGGACGCCCGGCUGCCCAAGCGGCUCAUCAAGAAGGGCAAGAAGCUGAAGGAGGACAAGCAAGAGAAGCCGCCAGACACGCCCAUCGUGGAUCCCACGGUCAAGUUCGACAAGCAGCCGUGGUACAUUGAUGCCACGGGUGGCACCCUGCACCCGUACCAGCUGGAGGGCCUCAACUGGCUGCGCUUCUCGUGGGCCCAGGGCACCGACACCAUCCUGGCUGACGAGAUGGGCCUGGGAAAGACGGUGCAGACCAUCGUGUUCCUCUACUCGCUGUACAAGGAGGGCCACUCCAAGGGGCCCUACCUGGUCAGCGCACCCCUGUCCACCAUCAUCAACUGGGAGCGUGAGUUUGAGAUGUGGGCACCUGACUUCUACGUGGUCACCUACACGGGGGACAAGGAGAGCCGCUCUGUGAUCCGCGAGAACGAGUUCUCCUUUGAGGACAGCGCCAUCCGGAGUGGGAAGAAGGUGUUCCGCAUGAAGAAAGAGGUGCAGAUCAAAUUCCACGUCUUGCUCACCUCCUAUGAGCUUAUCACCAUCGACCAGGCCAUCCUGGGCUCCAUCGAGUGGGCCUGCCUAGUGGUGGAUGAGGCUCACCGGCUCAAGAACAACCAGUCCAAGUUUUUCAGGGUUCUGAACAGCUACAAGAUUGACUACAAGCUGCUGCUGACAGGGACCCCUCUUCAGAACAACCUGGAGGAGCUUUUCCAUCUGCUCAACUUCCUAACACCUGAGAGGUUCAACAACCUGGAGGGCUUCCUGGAGGAGUUUGCAGACAUCUCCAAGGAGGACCAGAUCAAGAAACUGCACGACCUGCUGGGCCCGCACAUGCUGCGGCGGCUCAAGGCAGAUGUGUUCAAGAACAUGCCGGCCAAGACCGAGCUCAUCGUGCGGGUAGAGCUGAGCCAGAUGCAGAAGAAAUACUACAAGUUUAUCCUCACGCGGAACUUCGAGGCGCUGAACUCCAAGGGGGGCGGGAACCAGGUGUCGCUGCUCAACAUCAUGAUGGAUCUGAAGAAAUGCUGCAACCACCCCUACCUCUUCCCCGUGGCUGCCGUGGAAGCCCCUGUCCUGCCCAAUGGCUCCUACGAUGGCAGCUCCCUGGUCAAGUCCUCAGGGAAACUCAUGCUGCUGCAGAAGAUGCUGAAGAAACUGCGGGACGAAGGGCACCGUGUGCUCAUCUUCUCCCAGAUGACCAAGAUGCUGGAUCUUCUGGAGGACUUCUUGGAGUAUGAGGGCUACAAGUAUGAGCGAAUUGAUGGUGGCAUCACAGGGGGCCUCCGGCAAGAGGCAAUCGACAGAUUCAACGCCCCUGGGGCCCAGCAGUUCUGCUUCCUCCUGUCCACCCGGGCUGGUGGCCUGGGCAUCAACCUGGCCACAGCAGACACGGUCAUCAUCUAUGACUCGGACUGGAACCCACACAAUGACAUCCAGGCCUUCAGCCGUGCCCACCGCAUUGGGCAGAACAAGAAGGUGAUGAUCUACCGCUUUGUGACUCGGGCAUCAGUGGAGGAGCGCAUCACACAGGUGGCCAAGCGCAAGAUGAUGCUGACCCACCUGGUGGUACGGCCGGGCCUGGGCUCCAAGUCAGGCUCCAUGACCAAGCAGGAGCUGGACGACAUCCUCAAGUUCGGCACAGAGGAGCUCUUCAAGGAUGACGUGGAGGGCAUGAUGUCCCAGGGCCAGAGACCAGCCACUCCCAUCCCUGAUGUUCAGUCCUCCAAGGGCGGUGCCCUGGCUGCUGGUGUGAAAAAGAAGCAUGGUAGCACCCCACCAGGUGACAACAAAGAUGUGGAGGACAGCAGCGUGAUCCACUAUGAUGAUGCAGCCAUCUCGAAGCUGCUGGACCGGAACCAGGAUGCUACUGAUGACACAGAGCUGCAGAACAUGAAUGAGUACCUGAGCUCCUUCAAGGUGGCGCAGUACGUGGUGCGCGAGGAGGACGGCGUGGAGGAGGUAGAGCGGGAGGUAAUCAAGCAGGAGGAGAACGUGGACCCUGACUACUGGGAGAAGCUGCUGCGGCACCACUACGAGCAGCAGCAGGAGGACCUGGCGCGGAAUCUGGGCAAGGGCAAGCGCAUCCGGAAGCAGGUCAACUACAAUGAUGCUUCCCAGGAGGACCAGGAGUGGCAGGACGAGCUCUCGGACAACCAGUCUGAGUAUUCCAUCGGCUCCGAGGAUGAGGAUGAGGACUUCGAGGAGAGGCCAGAGGGCCAGAGUGGACGGCGACAAUCCAGGAGGCAGCUCAAGAGCGACAGGGACAAGCCCCUGCCGCCUCUCCUUGCUCGAGUUGGUGGCAACAUUGAGGUGCUGGGCUUCAACGCACGGCAGCGGAAGGCCUUCCUGAACGCCAUCAUGCGCUGGGGCAUGCCGCCCCAGGACGCCUUCAACUCCCACUGGCUGGUGCGGGACCUGCGUGGCAAGAGCGAGAAGGAGUUCAGAGCCUAUGUGUCCCUCUUCAUGCGGCACCUGUGUGAGCCUGGGGCUGACGGUGCGGAGACCUUUGCUGAUGGUGUUCCCCGAGAGGGGCUCUCCCGGCAGCAUGUGCUCACACGCAUCGGGGUCAUGUCACUGGUUAGGAAGAAGGUUCAGGAGUUUGAGCAUGUCAACGGCAAGUACAGCACCCCGGACCUGGUCCCCGAGGGGCCUGAGGGCAAGAAGACGGGUGAAGUCAUCUCCUCAGACCCCAACACGCCGGUGCCCGCCAGCCCUGCACACCUGCCACCUGCUCUGCUGGGCCUGCCAGACAAAGCGGACGCCCCACUGGGCUACAUAGAGGAGAAGGAGCCAGGGCUGCAGAAGCCAAAGAAGCCCCUGGACACCCAGGCCCCACCAGCUGCCCUGGACAGAGUGGAUGGGGAGGACAAGCAGGAGAGCUCAGACGGCAAAGACAGAGCCCGUGAUGAGCGACCAGAAGAGACAGACAAGGCUCCGGGGUCCCCGGAGCAGCUGCCCAAAGAGGAGGCGCCGCCCGAGAGGGAGAAGGCCCCGGACAAGCUGGACCUCGGGCUCAGUCACGGCAGAGGGGAUGGCAGCGACUUCGGGCCAGGUGAGAGUGAACGCCACCUGUUCCCCACAGAGGACUCCAAGGCAGACGAGAAGGAAGCCGGUGAGACGCAGCAGAAUGGUGACCGAGAGGAAGACGAGGAGGGCAAGAGAGAGGACAAGAGCGGGAAGUUCAAGUUCAUGUUCAACAUUGCGGACGGCGGCUUCACAGAGCUGCACACCUUGUGGCAGAACGAGGAGCGGGCUGCAGUGUCCUCGGGGAAAAUCUACGACAUCUGGCACCGGCGCCAUGACUACUGGCUGCUGGCAGGCAUCGUGACGCAUGGGUAUGCACGCUGGCAGGACAUACAGAACGACCCCCGGUACCUGAUCCUCAAUGAGCCCUUCAAGUCAGAGAUCCACAAGGGCAACUACCUGGAGAUGAAGAACAAGUUCCUGGCCCGCAGGUUCAAGCUGCUGGAGCAGGCGCUGGUCAUUGAGGAGCAGCUGCGAAGGGCCGCGUACCUCAACAUGACCCAGGACCCCAACCACCCAGCCAUGGCCCUCAACGCCCGCCUGGCCGAGGUGGAGUGCCUGGCUGAGAGCCACCAGCACCUGUCCAAGGAGUCCCUGGCUGGGAACAAGCCGGCCAAUGCUGUGCUGCACAAGGUACUGAACCAGCUGGAGGAGCUACUGAGCGACAUGAAGGCGGACGUGACACGCCUGCCCUCCAUGCUGUCCCGCAUCCCGCCGGUGGCUGCCCGCCUGCAGAUGUCGGAGCGCAGUAUCUUGAGCCGCCUGACCAACCGCGCCGGGGACCCCACCAUCCAGCAGACAUCUAGCCGGCCCCGCAACCCCCGCCCGUCGCAGCGCUCAUGUCCAGCUGAGCCGCGCUUGCUGGGCCUCCCGCCCGACCCCCAUGGGAGAGAAAAGCUACCGACUUGUAGGAGCCGGUGCCACCUCGGGACGAGAAGGGAAACCGAGUGACACCACAGCCUCUGCACCGAGGGUGAGGCCCAGCCCAGCCGAGCCGGAGCCCGGAAGUGCCACCUCAUCAUAAUUCGAGUGUUCGUCCAUGGCCAGGUGGCUGUGCCCCCUGCACCCCUUUCAGAGCAGCUUCCUAGAGGAGAUUCAUAUUUAUCUGUACAUCUUCCUGCUUUCCUAUUGAAGACAUGGAUGCUUUAGUCUUGAUAAAGUUGGAGAUUCUGGCCCUGGAGCACCCAUGUCCCUGUCACCAGGCUCUGGACCUGAAGGAAUGCUCCCUGACUGCCCUGCUGGAGAGGACGCAGUGCCUGGUGACCUAGCGAGCCCUUAGUGUGUCCCUCACCCCAUCCCGUCUGCCUGUCUGAUGACUGUUCUGUUCUGUCCCCUGCUUGCCUGAGCGCCUCCACAGGCCACUCAGGUAGCAGAGCUGUCCCGCCCUCUAGUUGCUCCCAGGGGCAGGCAGCUGUUUCCUGCCUCCUUCCUGGGGUCUCCUGGAACAGGUGGGCACAAGCCUGUCCCUGGCCCAGCAUAGCAAAGGGCCUGGGCUCUGGUGACAGCAGUGGGGUGGUGUCCUUCGUGGUGCAUGGCAGGUUGCAGGGUGCCCCAGAGGUGGGCAGGGCCUGAAGCUGUGACUGCCACUGAGGAAGGGGUGGAGGGUCCCUGUCUGCGGGAAGUGUGGCUUCAGGCAGGUGUAGCUCGUGCUGUGGCAGGGAGGGUCAUGGACUUGGCAGUUCGUGAGGCCACAGGAGGCCUAUCCCACUCACCUCCAGUUGCUGACUUCUUUGUCUAAGAGUCCCCUGGGCCACAGACACCAAGGAACCAGACAGACCGCCCUUGGAGGGGACUCUGUCUCCCCGUCCCUGCAGAGGCCUAGACACUCUGUACAGGGCCACUGUGCACUUGCUGAAUUUUUGGAGGGUAGGGCCGGACCUGUUUGCCUCUGUCUCUCAGGUGCCUGCCUGCCUGCCUGCAGGGGCAGCCUGGAGCCUGGGCCAGCUCCUCCGGGUAUGUGCUAGAGUGCUGCCGAAACACUGAGCUGUGGCCCUGGCUGGGUGGCGGUUGGGGAUGCAGCCAGCUCUGAGGCCGGCUUGUCUCUGACCCUUUCACUGGCCCUGGCCCAGCCCAGAAGGAAGUGACCUGGGGACAGAAUCCUGAGUGAGGAGGGGACUUGGGCAGGGUGCUGGAGUAGCUCCCGUGGGGCUCUCUGGGGGAGGCGUGGGGAUGCUGUGUCUCUGGGCCUAGCCGGGGGCAGGGCAGUCACUGCGGCGUGUCUGGACCCACAGUCUGCAGUGUUGCUCUUUCUGAGCCCCCAAACCCCUCCUACCCCUUCCUGCACUCCUGUCUUCAUCCAGAGUCCCAAAGGGGCAGAGCGGGGAACCUGGGAGGUGGGGCAUUGCAGGGCCCAGAGCGUGGCCUGAGCGUGGCUUUGCUGCAGCACAGCUGGGGCCUGUGUGUGGCAGAGUCCCUGCUGGCAGCCUGUGUGCCCGUUCCCAGCGGGGCCAGAUUUCUAUGGAACCACCUUUGGGUCAGAAGUCUCAGAAGGUGCUCGGUGACACCGGGAGUUGGUGUUGGCGUCCCUGUGAACUGCCUGAGGGGAGGAGAGGCUCCCUGAAAGCCACUGCUGGAAGCUCCUCAGUGUCCUGUGAAUCUGGCUUCUCCAUGUGUUCAAGGUCGUCCUGCGUGUUUGGUGCCCUCCGCAGUCCCUGGGGGUCCCCAACCCCAGGCCCGGGCUAACGGGGCUCCUCGCAGUGGCUCUUGCCACCCUGCCAGGUAUUGCAGGAGGCGCUCAGCUGAGGAGGGCUGGGGACCUGGGGGACAGAGGCCCCUUGGGGGCCAGCACCUGCUGCUUGGAGUGUCAAGCUGCCCUCUGCGCCUGCCAAGUGCCCCCACUGCCAGGGGCCUGGUGGUGCCCGGAGGCGCAGGCAGGAGGACGCGUGCCCCAUUUAUACACCCGGAAGUUUACAGUUGUGGUGCAUCAGCCCAAAGUCACUGGCGUGGUUGUGUUUAUGAUCUUCCCCCCACUUAAUUUUCAGAUUUUUUUUUAACAAAGUAUUUUUUUAGGUGCGAUGACCCAGAAAGGGCCCGUUGGGUGUGUGUGUGUGUCCCGAACUCUUCUCACAGAGGCCGGAGCCAGCCUGGGGCAGUGGGGUGUGGGAGAUCUCAGCUGGGGUCCCCCCAGGCAGAGGUCAAGCUUUGGAUGCUGGGGGCCCCCUGUGAGUCGUGCCACGUGUUCCCUGCCCUGGCCUGAGGGAGGCUGGACAGACUAUAGCCAGCACAGUCGCCUUUACUUUGUAC